GCACUCACAGCGCCUGCGCCAGAUUACAGGAAGUGUUACCAUUUUUCUUAUAGCAGCCGCAGCAGCAGCUGAUAGCUCCACCAGAAAAGCCUGGGACACCUGCUGCCGCUCAAAGACGAAAAACACCAGAAGAGUACAAAGAUCAAGCCAGCCUCGGUAACGAGUGUCUAUUUGGGAGGCCACUCGGGUCACUGUUAGAGCAGCAUUCCAGGGAGGAGGCCCAGCCCCCCUGCCGUCUCCUGCACAGGUCGGUAUGAGCUCCAGAGGGAGCGGCAGCCGAUCCAACGGCUCGCUACCGCAGACCAAGAUCUGCCAGUUCAAGCUGGUGCUGCUGGGGGACAUGGCUGUGGGCAAGUCCAGCCUGGUACUACGCUUCGUCAAGGGACAGUUCGACGAGUUCCAGGAGACGACUAUAGGAGCUGCGUUCUUGGCUCAGUCGGUGUGUUUAGACGACACCACAGUGAAGUUUGAGAUCUGGGACACAGCAGGACAGGAGCGAUACCACAGCCUGGCUCCCAUGUACUACCGCGGAGCUCAGGCUGCCAUUGUCGUCUUUGAUAUCACUAAACCGGAGACAUUUGAGAGAGCUAAGGCCUGGGUGAAGGAGCUGCAGAGGCAGGCCAGUCCAAACAUUGUUAUUGCUCUGGCUGGAAACAAGGCCGACCUUGCUGAGAAGAGACUGGUAGAAUAUGAGGAAGCCCAGACAUAUGCUGAGGACACCGGUUUGCUGUUCAUGGAGACGUCUGCCAAGACAGCCAUGAACGUCAACGAGCUUUUCUUGGCUAUUGCAAAAAAGAUGCCAAAAACAGACACGCAGAACCCAACACACGCAGCACGACAUCGGGGAGUGAACCUCCUGGAUCCAGACGCCCACUCCACCCGAGCCUGCUGCGGUGGGAACUAAAGCUCCUGAUCCACCCCGCUGUGUAUUAACUCCCCCAUCCAUUCUCUCCUCCACUACAGUCCUGACACCGCCACGUCGUGUUGCAGCAACAUCCAGGGGUGAGCCUGAUGUUGGGAAACCUGACAUCCACUCCCCUCUGUGCUUUGCGCCCAUCCUCCAGUUCAAGCAGACAAAAACUCGAAGGAACGGGGAAGACAGAAGAAGAAUGAUGCCAAUUGAAUUAAGGGUGGACAUUUGAGUUUGCCCACCAGACUUGGAGAUUUUACUUUUGGAAAGAACAGGCGGAGACCAAGAUUGAGGAGUGCAAAACGAAAGAAUGUGCAAGACAGUGGCAGGCCUGUUGUAGUAUUUAGCACUAAUUGUGAAAAUCCUGUUUCUCUCUGCCUUGCAUCAGUUUACCCCACUGUCCUGUUGCAUAAACUGAACAGCACAUUCUUGUGAGUGGACAGGAACCAUUAGAAAAGGGAGCUUUCUUCUUCUUCUUUGUGGAGCUUUGCUUUGUCUCAUUUUGAACUGAUCAAAGUCUGCUGUGAAUACUGCCCCAUAACACUGUCCUGGAAUGAUCUGUAACCCUUCUGUCAUGCUUGAAAAGAUCCAUAUCACAAUUUCUCAA